CAUUUCUCUAUUUUUUGUAUCUAAAAACAAACUCCAAUCAAGCAACAUAUUUUUCUAUCCAAUCUUAAAUAUCCAAAUCUUAAAUCAAAAUCCAAAUCACAUAUAUUUCCCCUGUUCAUUUCUUCCAAAAACAGUAAGUCAAAAAAAAAAAAAAAAUUCAGGCAGCUACAUAAUAUCAUCUAUAAAGAAGAAACGAAACGUCACCUGUUCCGAGGUCUGGACAAGAGAAAUAGUUCACGGAAUGAAAGAAGCAGCUACGGGAAAGACUGUUUCUCAGUAAAUAAAUCACCGGAAAAAGUCUCAGCUGGUCCGAAAAGCCAGCGGAAAGUAGCAGAAAAAGGAGAAGAAUCCAAAUGACGGAAGCUGAGAGCACUGCAAAGAUACGGAUUGCAGGAAGGAAGAAGGAAGAAGGAAGAAGGAUGAAGGGACAGAGAAAAACGGAAAGACGGUCGGAAAGUCUUGUGGCUGAGAAUGGUCGAGAAGCAGGACACGCGGCAGCUCUUGGUUUCUUUUCGCUUUAUUUCAAAGAUUUUUCUUUACCUUUAUUUUGUGGAAGAUAUUGAGAGACAUAAGGAUAAUAAAUGAUGAAGUUGUGA